AUGGUCCAAGCUAUCCAAUUCCGUGGCUCACCUUCCGGAGAGGUUAUCCAGAAGACCUCUGAGCUCCUUGAUAUUCAGCCUGAUGAAGUCCAGGUGAAGAUCACCCAUAGUGGUGACCGUGUCGGCUGGGGCCCUGCCAGCUCGACAUGUGGAAACUGCGACAUGUGCACCACCGGAAAGGACGCAUAUUGCUUCAAUGCCAAGUACUACGGAUUCCAUGACUUUAAGAUCAAUGGCUCUGUCUGCAGCCACGAUGUCCGUAAGGAGCAAUGGCUAUUCAAGAUCCCCGAUGCUAUUUCCUCUCUCGACGCUGCUCCUUUGAUGUGCGGCGGCGGUACCGUCUGGGUGCCACUAAUCGAGCACUGCAAGGCCUAUGAACGUGUCGGUAUCAUUGGAAUUGGCGGUCUCGGCCAUCUUGCCAUUCAAUUCGCAGCGAAAAUGGGCUGCGAUGUCGUUGUCUUCUCGUCUACCGAGGACAAGCGUGAAGAGGCCUUGAAGCUCGGUGCUAGCGAAUUCUACGCGACGAAAGGAAUAUCGAACUAUGCUCAACUCAACUUUAAUCUGGACCUGUUCUAUCCUGUGUUGGCACGUAAUGCUACUAUUCUCCCCUUGUCUGUUGAUGGUGGAGACUUGACUGCUCCGUACAUGCCUACGGCUAUGUUCGGGAAUAGCAUUGUGGGCAGCUGUAUUUACAGUCGUUACCCUCAGAACAAAAUGCUUGACUUUGCUGCGCGCCACCGGAUCUACAGCAUUGUUGAAAAGUAUCCCAUGACUCUGGAGGGUGUUACGGAAGCUGCCAAUAGAUUGAGGGAUGGAAAGAUGUGA